AUGACAAAUUUGUUUAACCUAAUUGUGCUUCAUGUGUUUUUAUAUAUCCUGGAUUCUGAUCAAGCUCAUACGGUUGAUUUGAUGAAAUUUUUGCUGAGUUAUGCGAGUAACCCUUGGGUAUCGUCACAAAGGGACAAUCUCCAUAAUAGAGAUCUUGUUGAAUCAUCAGUCCGCAAUCUUUUUGCGGAACUUUUCAAGCUGAUUUGUAAUGCACCUGGAUCGAACUCAUAUGGUGCACUGCAAAAUCAAAUGCCUGUUAGAUCUGGACAGACAAUGGCGCCUGCAAAAAAGAUUGAAAUGAAAAGGGGUGAUUGGAUUUGCCCGAGGUGUAACUUCAUGAAUUUUGCGAGAAAUAUCAAAUGUCUUGAGUGUGAGGAGGCAAGGCCAAAGAGGCAACUAACUGGAGGAGAGUCGGAGUGCCCUCAGUGUGAUUUCUAUAAUUAUGGGAGGAAUGUGAAUAGCAUGAGGUGUGAUUGCAAGCGGCCUGGACAAAUACAGUUAGGUGCGAUCAAUACCUCAUCAGGAGUGGAGUAUGGAAAUGAGAGUAGGACUAACACUCCAGACACUGAUAGUAGGUUAGCUGCUAAUGAAGAGAAAGCCCAACGCUGGUUUAGCAAGGUUUCUCAACUGGACAGUACUGCUGAUAUUAACAGUAUGAUGUCAGAUGAAGAUUUUCCUGAAAUAAUGCCACUACGGAAAGGAGUAAAUAGAUUUGUUGUGAGCACGAGGAAAACACCUUUGGAGAGGAGGUUGGAUAAUAAUACUCAAUAUAAUAGAAACUUUAGUAACGAUGGCACUCGUGAGGCUGAUGAUUUUCAUACUGGCAAAGCAAUCAAAUCACCUGACACAUCUGUUAGCCAGAGGCUGGAUGAGAUUCUUGGUCGUUCUUAUGGACAUGAUACAAAUACAGACGGCCCACCUUCAAUUUCUAGUUCUCCUCAGUACAGAAAUUUGAAAAGCGGCAACUCUAGCAAUGUUCCAUUGUCCGCUGAUACUUUUGCUCAAAAGUCGGAGGACUUAAAGACAGCAGAGAGCAGAAUGAUGGUUCCAGUUAUUGAUGCUGGAUCUGGUAACUUGGGGGAGAGUUUACAGCUUUCCAGUCCUUCAAACCAAAUUGAUAGUGAAAACAAAGAGAAAGAGCAGGCUGAGAAAUCUGAGAGGUGGUUUAGAAAGGUUUCUGAGCUGCAUAAUGUUUCAGAUUUGACAAGCGCCAUAUCUGAUGAGGAUUUUCCAGAGAUAAUGCCAAUGCGGAAAGGAGAAAAUCGAUUUGUUGUAAGCAAGAAAAAAGAUCGCUCUUUGACUUCCCCGGCAUACAAGAGACAAUUAGCAAUGGAGCAAGCUAGUAAUACCAACUAUGUCCCGUUUGUCCCCUUCCCGCCAGACUACUUUGCCAAAAAAGACAAACAGGAGUCAGAUGGAACAAGUUCAACUGGUAAAUCCAACACUGAAUCAUCAACGUCAGAGGUGGCGGAGAAGCCUCCAGAGAUGGCUGGUGAUGCUGGACAUAGUAUUGUAGGUGGAGACUCUGCCAAAGAUAUAACCAAUGGUGGAGUAUCUUCAGCUGGCCCUGGGUUGCAGAGUAGAGAUUAUGCCGUAGACGGUGGAAAUCAAGAUUUAAGCGUGAGGAGCUGGAGUCCAAAGCCUUCAGGACGGGGCUCAAGUAACAAUGACAAGGAUUCUGAGGAUAAGUACUUCAGGGACGAGAAUAAAGAUCAUGUGCCAAAUUUGAGUGGGAGUUCAUCCCCCACGUCUGAGAAUCAAAAUGUUAGGGCUCAAUGGACAGGAAAAAGUUUGGAGGGGUCGGCGGUAAAGGAACCGGAUCCUCUGGACAUGUCAGAGGAGGCAAAGGCAGAGAGGUGGUUCCGUCGUGUUGCGCAGAUCAAGGAUAUAUCCGAGCUAAGUCAGAUUCCUGAUGAAGACUUCCCUUAUGCCUAUGCGCAAAGGGGUGAACAGAUUUGUUGUGAGCAAGAGAAAAACACCAUUGGAAAGGAGAUUGACGUCUCAGCAGUACAGAAAAAAUCUUCCAGUUGUGAGUUCGGAUCCAAUUAA